GCCAAGAACUCACACCACUUUUAUCAAGAAUGGCACCCAAUAUGGCCAAUGCUUUCGGCAUUCUUGGUAACGUGGUGUCGUUCUUGGUUUACUUGGCUCCGGUGUUUAUGGGUGUUUUUGUUCAUUUCAGUCCAACGUUUCGAAGCAUUUUUAAGAAGAAAUCGACGGAAGGGUUCCAAGCAAUCCCUUAUGCAGUGGCAUUGUUUAGUGCAAUGCUCUAUUUAUACUAUGCUUUUCUCAAGAAAAAUGGAACGAUGCUCAUCACUAUAAACACCUUCGGAUGCACCAUUGAGGUUGUAUAUCUAGCAAUAUACAUGAUCUAUGCAACCAAGGAAUCCAGAGUUUUCACCACAAAGUUGAUCCUCUUACUUAAUGUUAUCUCACUAGGACUUAUUACAUUAUGCACGUACUAUUUCGCACAUGGGCAUCUACGAGUGAACAUCGUCGGCUGGAUCUGCGCAGUCUUCUCAGUCGCGGUCUUUGUUGCACCUCUUAGUAUCAUGAGACAAGUUGUACGGACCAAAAGUGUAGAGUAUAUGCCCUUCACACUCUCUUGCUUCCUCACUUUGUGCGCUGUCGUUUGGUUCUUCUAUGGCUUUCUCAUCAAAGAUUACUACAUAGCUACACCCAAUAUUCUCGGGUUCGUGUUUGGGUUGGCGCAGAUGAUGCUAUACUUGGUGUACAAGAACGAUAGUAUGUGCUGGAACCAACAAAUUCAACCUGCUGAGGGAGAUUCUUCUAAGGAUGGUGAUGAUAAUCAUCAUCAAGACAAAAGUUCGUCUAACAAUCAGGAAGUCGAGGUUGUCGUUGUCAAUUAGUGUAUUCUAAUAACAAUAUUCAUUUACUAUGUGACUAUUAGUAAAUCGUUUAAGUUAUCACUAUAUUAUGUUAUUUAUGGAUAGUGUAUGUGCGGAUUAAAUUUACAGAUUUAUAAUUGUAUUUGUUGGUUUCUAUA